UGGAGGAGGGCUGGGCUAGACGCGCGCCCUCUCGGGGGCGGGGGGUGGGGGACAGUCCCGGUCCCGGCCCUCCGCGCGGGUGGGCUCGGAGCAGGCCGCACCGGGCAGCAACCCCACUCCCACCCCGGAGGCCCCCUGCCCUUUCUCCCCCUUUCCCCCUGGCCCAUGGUGCGAGGCUGGGAGCCGCCGCCCGGGCCGGACCGCGCUAUCUCUGAAGCGCGCAAAUCAGAAGGCACCAUGCCUCCUAAUAAAGAGGCCAGCAGUCUUAAUAGCUCCCCUGCGGGGCUCAUCUGCCUCCCUCCAAUCUCCGAGGAGCUACAGCUUGUGUGGACCCAAGCAGCCCAGACCAGUGAGCUGGAUGGCAAUGAACACUUGCUGCAAACCUUCAGCUACUUCCCCUAUCCCAGUUUAGCGGACAUUGCCCUUCUCUGCCUACGCUAUGGGCUGCAGAUGGAGAAAGUCAAGACUUGGUUCAUGGCCCAGCGCCUCCGCUGUGGCAUAAGCUGGUCAUCUGAAGAAAUAGAAGAGACUCGAGCCCGAGUGAUCUACCAUCGGGACCAGCUCCAUUUCAAAUCUCUUCUCUCUUUUACUCACCAUGCAGGACGGCCCCCAGAGGAGGUGACUCCUCCAAUGCCACCUCCAGAACAAGUUGGUCUGGGAAUAGUGCCCCUGAAUCUUAGCGAGCCCACCCAGAUGAAAGGACUGAAGGUAGAGCCUGAGGAGUCCUCAGAGCCACUGAGUCACCAGAAAGCGAAGGAGCCCCUGACAGCACCUGGCAGUGGUGCAUUCCCCCACCAGUCACGACUUUGGCAGGAUCUUCAAAGCAGUGGCCUCUCUAAGGAGCAGGCAGGCAGGGGUCCCAACCAGUCACAUGGCCUAGGUACUGCUUCCUGGAACCACUCCACAGCUGUCCACCAGCCCCGUGCUCGGGAUAAGCCCCCACCAAUCUCAUCACUUGCCAGUAGUUGUAAGAAGGAGUCAGCAUCUAAUGUGACUCCUCCUUCCUCUACCUCUUCUUCCUCUUUCCAGGUACUGGCUAAUGGAGCUACUGCCACCUCUAAACCCCCACAGCCACUGUCACCCAAUGAACAGGCGCUACCCCCACAUCUGGAGCCAGCCUGGCCCCAGGGGCUAAGGCAUAACUCAGCACCAAGUAGGGUUGGUCCUGCAGAGUACCUUUCCCCAGAUAUGCAACGCCAGCGAAAGACCAAGCGCAAAACCAAAGAGCAGCUGGCUAUCCUCAAAUCGUUUUUUUUACAGUGCCAAUGGGCACGGCGUGAGGAUUACCAUAAAUUAGAGCAGAUCACUGGUUUACCACGGCCUGAGAUCAUCCAGUGGUUUGGUGACACACGCUAUGCCCUGAAGCAUGGGCAACUAAAAUGGUUUCGGGACAACGCAGUACCUGGUGCCCCUAGUUUCCAGGAUCCAGCAAUUCCCACACCACCACCUUCAACCCGCUCCUUGAAUGAAUGGGCUGAGACACCGCCUCUGCCGAUCCCCCCACCCCCACCGGAUAUACGACCCUUGGAGAGGUACUGGGCAACCCACCAACGGCUACGGGAAAGUGACAUCCCUCAACUGAGUCGAGCAUCAAGGCUUAGCACCCAGCAGGUACUGGAUUGGUUUGACUCUCGAUUACCUGAGCCAGCUGAAGUGGUGGUCUGUCUAGAUGAAGAGGAGGAAGAGGAGGAGGAAGAACUGCCAGAAGAUGAUGAGGAUGAAGAAGAGGAGGAGGAAGAAGAUGACUAUGAUGAUGAUGAUGUGAUCAUACAGGACUGAGUGGGAGGCUGGUGGAGGGGAGAUCUGUUACUAAAACAUGAACCAAUUAAGUGUUUAAACAAAGAAACCACAUUUUUUAAAUUACUUUGUGGCAAAGACCUGAAAAGCUUUGUGUUCUUGAGGGUAGGGGAUGGGGGAUAUAGUGAGGGUGAACCAGGGCCAAUGACUGUGGAGUAUGAGGUGAGGUGGGGAUUGGAUGGGCAGAAACCUCUAGCCUCAGUGAAGAGUGCUCAGGGUCUGGUCCAAACUAUGGGGCUGGGAAAAGGUUGUUGCUCUCCUCAUAUCUGCUGUUCCUUUCCCUUAGUGUACUACAGAGAGGCCAGGCCUGGGCCUACAUCUGUAAGAGGGCAGAAAAGGAGUAAAGAAUUUUGAUUCACUGAUAAUUCCAGCACAUGCCCCCAUGCCACCAUUUCCCCUGGAAUAUAAGGCUGCCUUGCACCCCUUGUUUUCUGAGCACAAGUCCAUGCAUAAUGCAGCUAAGAAUCUCAAUAUGUCCCAGUCAAUCACAGAUAUUGCCUCUUCCUCAUACCAGCCUGACUUUCUAUAUUUUUCUGCUUUAUGGAGUCACACAGGUAGCAGAAUGUUUUCAUUUCUGAUACUGGGACCACUAUGCCUUGUACCUUUUUAUCUCUUUCCAAAAUCCUCAUUUUGUUCACUAUUUGUCUCAGGGUAAAAUCUUCCCCCCAGAGCUUGUGAAAAAGUCUAAUAAUUGGGUGGAGAAUAAUUUAGGCUGGAUAUUUAUUGAAGGUGGGAAUUAAGGGAGAUGUCCUUUUUCUUCAAAAAAAAAAAAAAGUAGAAUUAGAUGACAGAGGGAUAAAGGUGAGGGAAUGGUUUCUACUGUUCAGAAGGAAGGUGCAGGUAGGUUCUAGGUUUGGUUUUACAAACCUGACACUCCCUCCUGCCGAGCAUGACAGAGGUUGAUUUUUUAUCUUUUUGCUGUUUAAUUUGUGUCCGGAAAAGGACUUUUCCCUCUCUUUAUAGUAUCUGUCUUGGGGACAGAGGGACCAUGGUCUUUAACUGAAUUAAUUAUUGAUGUUGUAGAAUGGUUUUCACCAGCUGGGGUCAGAUAUAAAGAUAUCAAUCGGUUCACCCAUCUAGAAAUAAGAGUGGAAGCCCCAAAUUGCUAGAAUAAUAAUAAAAAGGCCAAAAAUAAAACUGUUUCUUUCUCCUA